ACGUGUACGUCAUCACAUCGCGUCUUUAACACAAAUCGCAUGCAGGCUAAGCUUAACCCGCAUGAGUUUUGUAAACAUUUCACUUUUCCUGGCAAAUUCUAACUGAAAUGGCACCAACAGAUAACAAAAAAAAGGAUCAUAAGUUUGUGGCAAAAGCUGGUAACUGGAAGAAACCACAAAAUACCCUACAUGGUGUCAAGAAGAGGAAAUGGGUCCCCGACAACAAAGUAUUUGAAGGCAGUGUUAAAGAAGGACAAGGUUUCGCUUUAAAAAGAAAGGAAAAAGUCAAACAUGAGUACAACAAACUGCUGCGUAAGGAGAAAAGGAGGACCCCUGCGUCCAAAGCUCUCUACAAGGAGGAGUACCCCGAACACCUCCGCCAUCUAUACGUGGCCGAGGCAGAGAAACUGAGGAACGAGGCCUGGACCCAUCGCCUUAAUAGGACCAAGCAGAGACUGUUAGGGCAGGAGAAAAGAGAAGAGACAGCUGAACAUGAUGAAGAUGAUGCUCCUGCUGAAGCUGAAGCUGCUGAACCAGUUCCAGAAGAUGCUGGUGGAUCUGAGCAGACAGAUGCUGGACCUGUGAACUCUGAACCAGCAGCAUCCUCAGAGAAAGACAGGUAAGAAAACAUCUGAACACUCAGCUCUA